UUUUUAAUUUUGCUCAUGCCCACCCCGGCAGCAACCCUGUUGAUGUCCGAGCCUUCAAACCUUUCCUUCACAUCGUGUUUUUUUAAAUUUGGUACAUCUUCUCUUUGUAUCGUUUGGUGUUCUCUCUCCUUUUCUGCAGUAGUUUGGUGCUUUCUUGCGCUAUAAAGAAACCAGGCCAUCGUCCAAACAAAGAGCGUCCAUGUCCUCAGCUGGCCGUUUAGCCCGGAGAACGAAAGCAAGCAGCCAUUAACGAAAGAAUCGAAGAGAAGAAUAGAGGAUAGGAAAUGACCACCUAUUACGGGCCAUUGGGACUGAGGAAUUUUUUCAGCUCUCUCAUCACCCUCUUCCUCACCAUCUUCGCCAUCUCUCUCUUCUUGAACAAAGCCCAUCUCCCGCAAGAAGAGACACCAAGUACUCCUUCCCCUUCUUCACCACCCAUAGUUCUAAAUGUAUCCAAGGUCGAGAGGCAAGAGGGGAGAACCACCCCUAUCCUCCCACAACCUGCAGCUCCCAAUAUAUCCAAGGUCCGAAGGCAAGAAGAGAGGAUUACCAUCCCUUACCCACCACCACCUGUAACCCUAAAUGUAUCCAAAGUCGAGAGGCAAGAAGAGAGAACCACCCCUAUCCUCCCACGACCUGCAGCUCUCAAUAUAUCCGAUGUCGAAAGGCAAGAAGAGAGGAUUACUAUCCCUUACCCACCACCACCUGUAACUCUAAAUGUAUCCAAGGUCGAGAGGCAAGAAGAGAGAACCACCCCUAUCCUCCCCCGACCUGCAGCUCUCAAUAUAUCCAAGGUCGAAAGGCAAGAAGAGAGGAUUGCUAUCCAUUACCCACCACCACCACCUGUAGCUUCGAAUGCAUCGAAGGGCGACGAUAAGUGCGACUUGUUCUCCGGCCGCUGGGUAUAUGACAACUCGACCCAUCCACUGUACUCCGGGUUCAAUUGCUCCUUCAUGCAUGAGGAAAUAGCUUGCGACAAGUUCGGAAGGAAGGAUCGGCUCUAUCAGAAAUGGCGUUGGCAACCCCAUGGAUGCGAUAUCCCAAGGUUCGACGCCACAAAAUUGCUAGAGAGGCUCAGAGGGAAAAGGAUGGUAUUUGUUGGGGACUCCCUCAAUAGGAACCAAUGGGUCUCCAUGGUGUGCCUUGUGGGGUCAUCUUUACCUCCCGAACACAAAGCUAUGAAAUUUAAUGGCAGUCUCUUGUCCUUCAAAUCCAAGGAAUUCAAUGUAACGAUUGACUUUUAUUGGUCACCGAUGCUGCUGGAGUCAAAUGGUGAUGAUCCAAUAAUCCAUCGAUCACCAGAUAGAAUCAUCCGGGCUCAUUCAAUUGAAAAGCAUGCAAAGCACUGGACAAAUGCUGACAUAAUCAUAUUCAACUCUUAUCUUUGGUGGAAAAAGCCAGGGAUUAAACUGAAAAUUUUAUAUGGUUCAUUUGAAGACGAAGAUAAAACUUUCGAGGAAGUUGAGAUGGGAAGUGGUCUUGAGAUAGCAUUGAGAACAUGGUCUGAGUGGCUUGAGUCACAUGUGGAUACUAACAAGGCACAGAUAUUCUUCGUUAGCGUGUCGCCUACUCAUGUCUGGGCUGAUGAAUGGGGUAUGCCAAGUGAUCAAAACUGCUACACUGAGACUGAACCAAUCACUAAAGAAGGGUAUGCGAGUAGAGGAACAGAUUAUUCAUUGAUGCGGACGGUCGAGGCAGCAGUUGAAGGAUUAAGAUAUAAAGGUGUACAUGUGCAAAUACUAAACAUUACUCAGCUUUCAGAGUAUCGAAAAGAUGGCCAUCCAUCUAUUUACCGGAGGCAGUAUGUUCCUUUAACUGAAGACCAACUUGCAGACCCUAGAAGCUACUCAGAUUGCACACAUUGGUGCCUUCCUGGUGUUCCUGAUACAUGGAAUGAACUUUUGUACGCAUAUAUUAUGUCCAGAUGACAAAUAUUGUAUUAGUUGGGCAUAAAAUUACAGAUUUUUAAAAUCCUUAUAUACGUAUUCUUUGAAUCGUGCGAUCGUUAGAAUAUGAUUGUAAAGUUGGUUGCUAAUCGAACAGAAUAUCUUGAUCU